GGUCAUUCUUUUGCCGUGAAAAAAAAAAAAAAAGGAAAAGACUGUAAUAGGUAGGGUUUUAGAAUAGGGUUUAUGGUGAGGGCAGGAAGAAGAAGAAGAGAGGAGAAAAAAGAGUGAAACAUGGGUGAGUUGAGGAAGGAGGACAUCCUUAGAGACAACAACAGUGAUAAGUCCGACUCCAUAACCUCACUAUCUCUUACUCAUAAAGCACUCUCAUCUGUUUCUUGCUUAAGCGAUUUCAACAAACUCCAGAGACUUGACCUCUCCUUCAACAGUUUAACUUCACUCAAGGGUUUGGAGUCGUGCUUCAACUUGAAAUGGUUAUCCGUGCAACAAAACAAGCUUCUCAACUUGAAUGGCAUCCAAGCCCUCACUAAUCUCGCUGUGUUUAAUGCUGGAAAAAAUAAACUUAAAUCUAUGGACGAGGUGAAAAAUCUCGUUAAAUUACGUGCUUUGAUAUUAAAUGACAAUGAUAUUGGAUCAAUUUCUGGCCUUGACCAACUAAUUGAACUGAAUACUCUUGUUCUAUCUCGAAAUCCAAUCCGUACAGUAGGCAAUUCACUGGCCAAGCAGAAAUCGAUUGUAAAGAUUUCUCUCUCUAAUUGCCAACUAGAAGAUAUUGACAAUUCAAUCAAGGCUUGCACUGGACUUCAACAACUGCGCCUUGCUCAUAAUGAUAUUAAGACUCUUCCUGAGGGGCUGGCUUAUAGUAAGAAACUCCAAAUUCUGGACUUAGGAAACAACAUGAUUUCAAGGUGGUCUGACCUGGAGGUACUUUCUUCAUUGCAUAACUUGAAAAACCUUAACCUACAUGGAAAUCCAAUAGCUGAGAAGGCCAAGCUCAUAAAAAAGGUUAAAAAGUUAGUUCCCAGUUUGGAGAUACUCAACUCUAAAAAAAUGGAUAUGUUGAGCUCUAAGAAUGAUCAGAAAGUUGAGAGUGCUAUGAUUAGUGUAGGAAAUGAGCUUAAACGUUCGAAGAAAAAGGAUAAUGAUGUGAAGCAUUGGAUUACUAAUUCCAACAACAGUGUAGAUGCCAAUUCUGAUAAACAGGUGAACCAAAAAGGGGUUAAUAAUGACCAUAAGCUUGCAAAGGCUGGAGUACUUGAAGACGAUAGCUACUUUAUGGCAGAGAAGUCUAGCGGAAACUUAAAUUUAGAACUCAAUGCCAAUGUAUAUAAUGAGAAAGAACAUUCAUUUGGCAAGAAAAGAGAUCAGAAAACUUCUAGAAAAGCUAAAUCAAGUGAAGUUGCUGAAGGGGAGCCUGAUCUGGCACAUAUUGUUAGUAAGAAGGAUCAUAAGAAAAAGGAUAAGCAUGUGGAGAAAGAAGAUCAAGUGCUAAAGGCUGACAAAACUAUGAAUGAUAAAAGAUCAAAAAGAAAGGUAGAACAUUUGGAUGUUAUUGAUGAUAAGGAAACUCCAUUUGCAGAGCUUUUAACUUAUGAUGCCACAGAGAGUAUGAAUCCUAAUGACGGGCAAAGAAGAGGCAGCCAAGGUGUUGGGAAGUUUGACACAAAUAGUGCUCUGGUUACUUAUCCAGCAAAGAAAAAGAAAACCAAGAAUCAAGGUGUUGAAGCUUCUGUGUUUCAGUCCUUGACGCCAGAAUUUGGACUGGGCGGGCCAUCAGCAUGGAAUGAUGCUGAAGAGUGACUGGUGAAAUUGUCCAAGCAAUAGCUAUUUGUUCUGUUGCAUCUGUUGAGGCCAAGCUCUAUUUGAAACUAAUUGUCAUCGUCUUUUCUUGUUGGUCCAUUCCAGUAUCACUUGUAUCAUUUGCUCAGCUCACUCAGCUAAAAGAUCUUGCCUACACUGAAGUUGCAGAUACUUCAGCUGUAGAAUUUAAUUGUCUGCUUUUAUUGUGCUCAGUUAUUAAUUGAACCAAACUGUUUUCAUAUCACUAUAGAGGUCAGUUAUAUGAUCUGGUAGUUUCUCUCCUGGAUCUUUCUUUCCAUCCUAGUUGGUGUUAUCUCGGCUAAUACCACUUGUCAGAUAUGUCUUUUGAUCGAGAAAGGGUUAAGUUGAUUUAGUGAUAAUAAUGAAAAAUGAGAUGUAACAAGUGCUUCCAUAUAUUUAGAUCUUAUCAAUACCCAGGAGAAAGCACUUGCAAAUUUGCAUUUGAUACUGUCCCUGGAGAAAAGGAAGGCUUGCA